CGACAAUCAAACCAAAUCAAAAUGUUCAAGAUCCUGCUUGUCUGCGCCCUUGCCGCCCUCGUGGCCGCCAACGAGAAUGCCGAGGUCAAGGAGCUGGUCAACGAUGUGAACGCCGAUGGCUUCGUCAGCAAGUUGGCCCUGGACAACGGAGUCGUCUCUUCGGCCACCGGAGAUGUCCACGGAAACAUCGAUGGCGUCUUCGAGUGGAUCUCCCCCGAGGGCGAGCACGUCCGUGUGAGCUACAAGGCCGACGAGAACGGAUACCAGCCCCAGAGCGACCUGCUGCCCACUCCCCCUCCAGUCCCAGAGGCCAUCCUCAAGGCCAUCGCCUACAUCCAGGCCCACCCCAGCAAGGAAUAAGCGAUCGUUGUGGCGCUAGAACUCAACCAC